AGACAAACAAUUAAAAAAAUUUUAAAUGUUAACAAAAUUAAUAUUUUAAUUAAAAUAACAAAUGCAUAUAUUAUUGUUAAUAGCGUUAUUCUGUGCCGGUAGUCAAGCACUGCCGUUUCCCGAUAAGGUUAAUCAACCCUAUAAUGGUACUAUUUGGGCUGUCCUAACUGCCGGUUCCAAUGGUUAUUAUAACUACAGACAUCAGGCCGACAUAUAUCACGCCUACCAACUACUCCGAUCACAUGGUAUUCCUGAGAAAAACAUAAUUGUCUUUCAUUACGACGAUAUCGCUAACAACUCCCAGAACCCGAACAAAGGUAUUGUCAUCAAUAAGCCGGGAGGAAGUGAUGUCUAUCACGGAGUGCCAAAAGAUUUUACCGGCAAAGAUGUCACACCUGAAAACUUUUUAGCCGUUCUUAAGGGAGACUCUGAUUUGAAGGCCAGCGGCAAAAAAGUGGUCGAAAGCGGACCCAAUGAUCACAUAUUUGUAUUUUUUGAUGACCAUGGUGGACCAGAUACCGUUAGCUUUCCUCAUAGCAUACUUCACGGCAAACAAUUGAAUGAUGCGCUCAAAGAGAUGCACCAAAAUAAACGUUACGGAAAAUUGGUCUUCUAUUUGGAGGCCUGUUAUGCGGGAUCUAUGUUUGAAAAAUAUUUGGACAGUUCGAUGAACAUAUUUGUUACUACAGCUGCCAAUUCCCAUCAAUCCAGUUAUGCCUGUUAUUAUGACAGCACUGUACACACAUAUGUUGGUGAUCUCUAUAGUGUUAAUUGGAUGGAAAACAGUGAUGAAGUUGACAUAUGGGGAGAAUCAUUGCAAAAACAGUUUGAGAUCGUUAAGCAAAAAACCAACAAAUCGGUAGUUUGUGAGUUUGGUGACCUCAAUAUGGCUCAGUUACCAGUGGCCGAGUUCCAGGGUCCUAAAAAGAUGUCAGAAUAUAUGGAGGAAAGAGUUGUACCAAAAGAUGCCGUUCCCAGUCAGGACGUUCCUAUACUUGUAGCUCAACAAAGACUACUGUCGGCCCAAAAUGAUUUAGACAAACAAAUUUUUGCCGAUGAAUUGGAUCUUUUAGUAAAAGGUCGCCAAAUGCUAGACAAUCAUUUCGAGGUAUAUGUCGAUAGUGUCUAUCAUUUGAUCUCUGGUUACAAAAAUGAGAUCAUCAAUGGUGUACAAAAAGUCAAUAACGUUGACUGUUAUUAUCAAUUGACCGAUACUUUCCAUAAUAAGUGUCUCAACAUUGGAGAAAAUACAUAUGCUCUGCAAAAACUAAACAUUUUUGUCAACAUAUGUGAAGAUUUCAGUAAAUCAAGCGAUGAAUCGGUCAAAACUGCCGAAGCGGUCGACCGUUUAGAAGACUAUUGUCAACACAUGUUUGUUCUCAGUGGUGAUCAUCUUAUAGUCUAAAAGAUAUCACUACCUGUGCCUCUAUUAUAAUGAUAUAUUUUUUGUUAUACUAAAA